AUGUCUACCGAGUGCUUAACAACACAUCUGACAACAUUCGGAAGCAGCUUCUCCGUUCCACCAAACAAGAUCAACUUUGACAAGGUAAGUGUGCAGCAGCUACUGGAUAGCCCACACGCCUUGAUUUUUGUCUGUGUGAUCCUGGGCCUCUACCUGAUAUGUCUCAUCCCUGCAAGAAGAGCAGAUAAAAGGGAUGCGCUCCAGGUAGGCUGUCAUAGGUAGAGCAAUAGACCAAUUUUUAGAUAACCGCCAUCUUGGAGACUUGCGUAAGAAUUGCUUCACCUAUAGAUCGCAGGUCCACAAUAGACAACCUCGAUCUGUCGUUAAUAACGCUUAAUCUGCUAUAUCGGCUUUUUAUUGGCCAGGUUGCUUUUCCGGAAGCAAACCUUUGGGGCUCACUUCCCGUCGAUUUCAGAACUGUUCCUUCAGCAAAGGCUUUUAAGAAAAAAAAACGAUUUGUACUGCUUUGAAACCGACCGUGAACUUAAAACACUUAGACAUAUUGCAUAUAUUUUAGCUUAGUUUUUUAUGUACUGUUUAAAAAACGAGCAGGAGUUUAUAAUCACGGCAAAAACUCGAGGCGAAGCCGAGAUUUUUUACACCUGAUAAUACACGACUGCAAGUUUAUUCAACGGCUUCAAAAUCUCUGAUAUAGAUCAACUCAUUCUUGAACUAAUAUUUAGAUUUGGGGUUAUUUUGGUCUAAAAAAUUGGAUGUAAAGUUUAGCCGUGUCUUUAUCAGAUAUAAAGACACGCAUUAAACACUAAUUUCUUUUCUUUAAUUUUUCUUUAUAAAUUAUUAUUGAGUUUUGAAAUUACUUAAUUUAUUCUCAGUACUUUUUCCAUUUCUACCACAAUUUUUAGUACGAAAAUUUUUAAUUUGCGUACUGCCGAAGACCCAUUUUUGGAGUGUAACGAUAUCACGUGGUCUCUCAAGGGAUCAUAAAGAAACCAUCAGUCCUCAGGCGGCCGCAUGCAAAGAUGGCGUUUAUCGUGAACAAUAUCUAUCGUCGGCGUUCCCUUCCUUGACAAUAAACUGCAACUGUCAACAUUAUUGCAACAACAAUCUACUGCAGCCUGCUUACAAGGGACGCGUUAUUUAUAUGGGGAACACAUAUCUCGGGUAGAAGGUCACUCGCCUCCCCUAGCUAUCGUAUUGUUUUGCUUUUAUUGAUUUCUUUCUUUUUAUUUUCCCUUUAUGUCGUUGAAUACUGAAAGACUGCAGUCACCCCACUACCACACAAUAACUCUCGAGAUACGUACUGUUAUGAGAUACACGUCCACACAGGAUUUACGCGCGGUGCAGGAACAAGCGCUGAAGUGUCAAUUGUUUUAAGUGGAAGUCUUGGAGACAGCGAGCCACGUGUCUUGAAAGACCCUAACAGGAAAAAUUUCAAAACA